AUGAGCGGGGCUGCGGUGGCCGUGGAGGUGGUGGCCAGCCCCUCUGCUGGCAGGCGGGUGCUCGCGGGCCGGAUGCCCGAGGCUGUGGUGUGGACUGCGGGUGGCGUGCUGCGCAAGCAGCUGACCGUGCCAGCGCCCGUGCUGAAAGCGGCCUGGUGCAUCUUCCAAAACACCGGCCCUGAUGCAAUCCUCUGCCUGCUGCAACUCGGUGUGCUGAGCGUGCACACCCAGGAUGGCGACAGCCACACUAUCCCACUGCCUGGCAGCUUCACGGGCCUGUGGCCACUACCGCAGGGGGUGCUGCUCACGGGCGCCGCGGCGCAGGGCCCCUGCAUCCUCGCGCACCCGCUGGAGAACAUCCAGGAGGUGCAGAUGCAGCCGGCAGCAGCGGGGGCAGCAGCCAGUGGCAGCAGCAGUGGGUGGGACACGCAAGAGCAGGUGGUUUGGUCGGGUGUGGAGGUGCCCUACAUCGUGACUCACAAUACGAGGCACCAGCGGCUGGCAGUGUGGAGCAUUGGCACGCAGCAGGCACAGGGUUUUGUGGCGGUGACUCCCAUGCGCUGGCCCGGAGUUGGAGGCGCUGGCGGUGGCACCUACAAGAAGUGA